AUGUUUAUAAUUUUAUUAUUCUAGACUAUUUAUUCAUUAGGGCCAGACAAUUUUUUAUGUGGAUUGAGACUCUAUUAUGCCUAAGAUUCUUAUUUCUUACUUGACUAGCAGAGUGAGAAGUAAAUUGUAUUUAUUAUACUUGAGUACUAUGCCAUACAUACUUACGAGCAAAUCUCCUCAUUUUGCAUUGGAUGUUUAAGAGAACUAUUAAUCAGCACAUAGCAUGAAUAAUAAUUCAUAUUUUCUCAUUAAUUUUCCUGAUGCAUAUAUUUUUGCAGGAAAUGCUAGCGAUCUAUAAUGGUUGUAAAUAUAGGAAUUCAAAGUACAACAAAAUUAAACUAAAGCAGACGUUCUAAUCUAUAAUGAUUAUUAUGGUUAUUAUGUAGAUAAAGGCAAUCAAGGUGGUCAUUUAUUAAUUUCUUAACAAAAUCUGAUUAGAGAAUUUUCAUUUGGUAAAACGGAUGCAGUUGAUAAAUACCUGAAACCUGGAUUUAUUUAUAUUGUAACUUGGUCAUCAUAGGGAGAUGUUAGUAUGAUUCUUAAAAGGUUUAUUUAAUUCAUUACAUAAUCAGAAGGCAUUAAUUAUUGCUAAUAAAAGACUAUAACAAAUUCCUUAGAUUAAAUAAAAUGUAAUUUGGAUUUUAAUUUUGAUCAAUUAACUUUCCAUACUCCUGAUCUUUAUCAUCCACCAAUUCAUUAUUAUUUGGGAAAUCAGACAGUUAAUGGAUCUCUUACAAAUUAAUACUUUACAAAAAAUUAUCCAGGUUUAUAAGUUUUCGUUGCUUAGAAUUUAAGUGAUUCAUUAGAAAUUAGAUUGCCUAUAAAAAAUAUGGAAACUCAUUAAAAUGCUGUCGAAUCUCCUUUAAGUGGAUUAAUAAUUACUAUUUAAUAAGAAAACAGAGGGUUUAUACAUAUAUUAAUUUUUGAAAGUGAUGAAGGAAUUAUAAUAAAUUAUAAAGAAGAUGAAAAUUUGGCUUAUGUCACAAUUGGUAAAACAGAUUCAAAAGUUUUUGUGUUCUCUUUUGUUACUUCUUCUUUUACUAAAUUUCCUUAAAUUGACUUAAUAUAGCAUGUAUUUCAAGAUUGCGUUAACAUAAUUUAGUAACGUAAUAAUGUUUGUGAGAAACCAAAUAAGGAGUGUUAAAGACUUUCAUAUGAUUAUUUUCAUUAAUUUGAUUUUAAUUUAAAUUUUGAUUAAUAAGUUACAUUUAAACUAAAUGGAGAAUCCUUUUAAGCUCCUUUUAUAGAAUUGUAUGACAAUUUAAAUACAAUUUUAAAUGAAUUUACUAAUUUUAUAUCGUCAACAAUUAAUAAUAGAGAAAUGAAUCAUGGAGGAUAUAUUGGGUCAUUUUUGAGAAUUACUAAUUAAAAUUAAAGCAUUAAUUCAUUAAUUAUUAAUGAAUAGAAUGAAUAAUUAGAGGUGUAUUACAAUAUUAAUGAUAAUAUAUGUAUGUAAAUUUAUUAUAUUCAUAGACUCUCAUUAAGUUUAAAAUGUGAACGGAAGAACAUAUGUUUUAGUAUUUGUUUCAUAAAAAGAAUUAACUGAUAUGGAGUGUCUUUAAAUUUUUAGAGAAUUUAUUGAUCAUAUUCAAAGAAUUUUCAUAAUUGAAUAAUGUAAACAAUGAUAAAUUAAUCAUAGUGGAAUAAAGAUGCGAAAGUUAAAUCAAAAAUUUUGAUGUGAAACCUAUUCAGUAUAAAGAUAUUCACAAAUUAGUAAAAUAAGCAACAGAAUUACUUUAGAAAACUCACUAAUAAGAUAAUUAUUAGUAAAAUGAUUUUGAAUAUUCAACUAAUGAAGAUCCAGAAGAUAAUUUGGAAUAUUUAGAUGAAGAUGAAUAAAUGUACAUGAUGGAUUAUGAAAAUUAAGCAUAAUUUAUGCCUAAUGAAGAUCCUUCAAAUGAAAUGACUUAAGAAUAAAUUAUGGAAUAUUAAAGAAUGUUAGAUAUGGAGUAAGAAUAAUAAUUUUAAGAGUAAUAUUAAUAAGAAUAAUAACAACAAAAAUCUAGGAAAGUUGAAGAAAUUCAUUUCAAUGAUACUGGUAAUUAAAAAAAACAAUAAUAAAAUCAUAAUGUGGAAUAAAAAGUUCAAAAAAAGUAAUAAACCUAACAAAGUGUAUAAAAAAAAUAAAAUGCCAAACCAAUUGAAAAAGUUCAAUAAAAUUUAAGAUAAAAUAAAUAAUAAAAAAUAUAAUAAUCGUAGUAAUAAUAAUAAUAAUAAUAAUAAUAAUAAUAAUAAUAAACUUAAUUACCUUCUCAUUAAGAAGAAUCAAAAUAUUAACAAACGUUUCAUUAAAAAGAAGAGUAUUAUGAUAAAAAUGAUAGGUAUAGAAGAAGAGAUAUUAAGGAAAGAGGCGAUUAAUAUGGAAGGAGAGAUGAAUAUUAUGGCAGAAGAGAUGAUUAUGGCAGAAGAGAUGAUUAUGGAAGAAGAGAUGACUAUGGAAGAAAAGAUGAAUAUUAUGGUAGAAGAGAUGAUUAUUAUGGAAGAAGAGAUGAUUAUUAGGUUAGAGAUGAGUAUUAUGGGAGAGAUGAUUAUUAUGAUAGAGAAGAUAUUAAAAGAGGACCUGCAUUGACUGGAUAAAGCAUAAUUGUUCCUAGAAAUCCAAGCGAUUAAGAAUUAGGUAGAUUCUUUAGAGAAGUUAUAGGGAGAUUAUCAAAUAAAGGCAAAAAUUGA